AUGGAGGCUUAUUUCCAGUGGAAGCGAAUUGACCGAGAAGUUGCCCGCCAGCUGGCACAAGGUGAAAAACAAUGCAGCUGCAAUGGUGAACACGGCUCGAGCUGCCAGGUUGCUCUGCAUCCACCCCCUAUCGCCAAAGACUCCAGCGACGAUUCGAUCAUCUUGGUGCAUUGGACCCCCCUCGAUGCCCAUUUGAACCCUGCCAACUAUAGCACUACCAGGAAAGUGGUUCUGACUGCCUUUGUCUCCUUAAUUGGGGUCUGUGUUACCGCAGCGUCCGCCAUCGACGCCUGUGGUUUACCUCAAUAUACAGCCGAGUUCCAGGUGCGGGAAGUGGUGGGAUCUCUGACCACAGGUCUGUUCAUGAUCGGUCUAUCGUUUGGGUCCUUGCUCUCCGGGCCCUUCUCGGAGACCUUCGGACGCAAUAUUGUCUAUAUUAUGACCAUGUUCCUAUAUCUCCUCUUUAUCAUGGCAGCUGCACUAGCCCCCAACCCGGCAAGCCACCUUGUAUUUCGGUUUCUCGCAGGCGUUUUUGGUUCCACGCCACUGACCUGCUCCGGUGGGACAGUGGCGGACCUCUGGAACCCGGUUGAGAAAGGAUACUCUUUCUUCAUUUACUCUAUUCCCAGUUUUGGUGGACCGGUCAUCGGACAGUUGAUUGGUAGUUUCAUUCCCCCAGCCCUCGGAUGGCGAUGGUUGGAAUGGAUCAUGCUUAUCAUGGGAGGGGUGGUACUUGUGGUAGUAAUCCUAUUCCAGCCCGAGACAUACGGAGACCUUCUUCUCUACCGGAAAGCCAAGGCCUUGCGCAAACGAACAGGGGAUAUGCGGUAUCGAGCGCCGAUGGAAGUGAACAAGCUGCCGCUCCAGAAACGUUUAAUCAUUGCUGUCUCACGGCCAUUCUUGUGGAGUUACACAGAACCGAUCGUGCUUCUCAUGGCCCUUUACCUGACCAUUGUAUACAUUAUCCUAUUCACGUUCCUGGAAGGAUACAAGUUCAUCUUCGGAGAGACAUACGGUCUGUCGCAGGGUCUCACUAGUAUCACCUGGGCCGGUAUGUUUGUCGGCAUGGUUCUGACGUGCCUGAUUGUUCCUACUGUCUAUACCUGGACCCGCAAGGAAUACGAACACACGAACCGGAUCCUCCCUGAGACGCGUCUGUGGUAUGCGAUGCUUGGGGGCGCCCUGGCUGUCCCGGUGGGUCUGUUCUGGAUGGGAUGGACCAGCUAUUCCUCAAUCAGCGUCUGGUCUCCGCUGGUGGCGUCCGCUUUUGUUGGCUUCGGGAUGACCACCAUCUUCACCAGUGCCUACCUAUAUGUCAUCGACUCCUAUGGCGUUUAUUCAGCCUCCGCUUUGAGCUUCAUGGCAUUCAUUCGAUAUCUGGUGUCUGGGGGGGUUAUGAUUGCUGGCAGUACUAUCUAUGAGCGAUACGGGGUGCAUUACACUCUGACCGUCCUCGGCGCCAUCAGUGCUGCAAUGGCCUCUAUUCCAUAUUUGUUCUAUUUUUACGGGGCGCGCAUUCGUCGGUUCAGUAAACAUGCCGUUAUCAAAGAAUAA